AUGAAUACAUUUACUUCAACACAGGUUAUGCCUGAAAUUUAUUGUCCUAUGCAAUUAACUCAAAUAUUAGGUCAUCCAACGGAUCAAUAUUAUAGAAAACAUCCAAGAAAAAAAACUAAAUUACCGGUUCUAUUAUUACAUGGUGAUAUGGAUUCAGCAUUGCCUGUUCCAAUUGCACGACAUUUUUUUAAACAAUAUUCAUUGAUUAACUCGAAUUUAACUUAUAUUGAAAUGCCACGUACUGAACAUAACAAUUAUAUAAAUAUUACGUUAUCAAGACUUUAUUUUCACAACAGGAUUUUGUGUUCUCGAUUUUCACUUUGUCAGUGUAUUUUUGUUUUCAUCUAA